AUGGCUUCCUAUCAGGAUGAUACAGGUGUCAUAACAGCCCUUCCCAAGCAGAAACCUGGCGAUUACGAUGGAUCAGCAAGGAUGAGAGUAGCAGAGAAGGCCCGGCAUAUCUGGGUGUUCGUCGAGUUAGCUCCUGAGAUCGAGCCGGAGACCGUCCCAACCUAUGAGAAAACCGAAAUGACAAGCACCGAUGUCGAUGUGGCUCUCCAUACCCUAUGGUCACGUUCCAAUGACAUACCCUGUAAGCCUAUGACGAGGGUGUCGUUUCAUGCCAUGGUCCUCUUGGCUGCUAUCGGAGGCUUCCGGCCUGGUACGCUGAUGAACUUGACCUCUUCGCAAUUUCAGGUUGCCGUUUUACAUCAUCCAGAGAAUCCGGGGAGAACGAAGAUUAUUGUUAUAAUUGGUAUCAGGAGGAACAAGAUCAAGGAAACAUCCAAGACGAGUUGCUUGCGUGCCGGCGGGGCCCUAUCUUCUGCUUUACAAAACCACAUCCUGUUCCACACUACGAGCGUCUUCGAGUCGAGCUAUCAGUCACAUCGCGUCCGCGCUGAUCUUAUGUCCUUGGCAUUUGGAAAUGAGGCAGGACGAAAUGAACAGCUUUUUGCUAUACUCUGA